UCAACUAAGUGGAAUCCAAGCAGUUCUAACCAUUCAUUACUUGCGGACAGAUCCUGGGCUUUUGUGCUUAAGGUAUGGGACCAGGGGCUGGAAUCUGGAGCUCCUUCUAGAGGCGAUGGCACCUGCUCACUCCAGUCCCUGUUGGUCCAGGCACACUGGGAAAGCUCUACAAGGCCUCAGCUGCCAAAGGUCCAGAGACAGCAAGUAACUCCUUUCAUGACCCUUGACCAUCAGGUAUUCAACCAGAGUCUCAAGAGGACACCACCUCCAGCUCCAAGCUGUAUGCCUCUGGGAGAGCAUGGACCCAUGAGCCCGGACAGUGAUGCUGGUUGUACAGGGAAUCCAUUCACAAAACUGCUGACUAUUGGGAGAGAAGACGGUAGUGCGGAAUGGCACUUAUCUGGCAGUAUUUUGGAUGUAUACACUGAUGAGCAGGGAAUUUCUCCAGUUAACGCAAAUCUAAUGAAUGCUCCCUGUCCAAGUAUCCUGCCCAUGAAAAAAGAAAUUGCAGAAACUGACACCAGAGCUUUGGCGAAAGAGAGGCAGAAAAAGGACAACCACAACCUCAUUGAAAGAAGAAGAAGGUAUAAUAUUAAUUACCGCAUCAAGGAGCUUGGCACUCUUAUUCCAAAGUCUAAUGAUCCUGAUCUGCGCUGGAACAAAGGAACCAUUCUGAAGGCAUCAGUGGAGUACAUCAAGUGGCUGCAGAAAGAACAACAGAGGGCCCGGGAGUUAGAGCACAGACAGAAGACAUUAGAACAGGCUAACCAGCAGCUUGUGCUCCGGAUUCAGGAACUGGAGAUACAAGCACGGGCUCACGGUCUGCCAAUGCUGACUUCACGCGGCCCGGCUGAUCUCAGUCCCCACCUCACCAAACAGCAGAUCCAUCCUGAGAAGAACUCAGUUCUGGGCUGCUGCCAACAACUGACUCCGUCUCAGGGGACAAGCCCGGAGUUCUGCGAGCAAGCUGUGGCCUUCUCUGACCCUUUGUCCCACUUCACAGAUUUAUCGUUUAGUGCCGCUUUGAAAGAGGAGCAAAGAUUGGACGGCAUGCUACUAAGUGAUACAAUGUGCCCCUUUGGAACAGACCCUCUCCUCUCUGCCACUUCCCCCGCAGUUUCCAAAGCGAGCAGUCGAAGCAGCUUCUGCUCCGAGGAUGGUGAUGAACUAUAAGCCACAAACAGGCUCCCGCCAUCAACCAGGAAGAAACUCCAUGUUGGUGCUAUGCAAUCAUGAUCUGCGUUUCCCAUAUAAUUCUCUCUUAAUUCUCUGAAAGGAAUUAUGUUGCCCUUGGAGAGAAAAUGACUAGAAGCAAUGGGCAAGUCCGAGGGAAGAAAAAACAUGGUGUUAAAGAAUUUUUGAAGAGCACAGUCCCGUUUCCUCCUUUGUCUACAGAGUCCAGAUUUCUUUAAAUUUGAUUUUCCUGGAAAGUCGUUUACUUAAUAAUGACUCUAGAGUGAUACCUGCAGAGCAAUGACAUGAUAUUAUUGGAACUAUAGUCCUUAAAGAGACUGCAAUAUACCACUCUCCGCUCACUUCCAUAUUCUGUGUCACCUCCUAUAGCAUCUUUUUUUUUUUAAAGAAUCAAGACUAACAAAUUAGGUGAUAAUUUCCUUUCCAUUGUCUGAUGGACAUACUAUGUAUGGUUGGACUCUUAUCGGGAAAUUUACAAUAAAAUGAAUAUUUUUUCACUUAUACUUGAAACUCACUCUGUAAUAACAUGAGAAUUUUUCAAAAUAAAACAAAAACAUUUCUAAAAAUGUUAUUUUCUAAAAUUAAAUCCUGACUUUUGAAAAUCAGUUCAAUGAUCCUAAUUCUGAACAUCUUCUUGCACAUUUAUGUAGCUAUCCCUCUUUAGAUAAGAACCACGGUGAGGGCUUUGCUCCAGAACACGGCCCUCAGUCACCCGUUUUACACAAAUGCACACGUACAUAGUGUAAGAAGGGCAUAUGAUCUUAUUUUGCUUCAUUCAUCUGAUUAUCUGAAUGAUGUCAUAAACUAUAUACCAACUUUUCCUUUGCUCUUCAAAAGAUAUACGAUAAUCAAUUUUAGUAACUAAAGUAUAAAAUCUCUCCAUACUAGAAACAUCUGUUUGGAUUAAAAUUUGUUUUCAUGUCCAUCGUGAGAUAUAGCUAUCUUAUUCAUAAGGGUUUUCUCAAACAUUGACUACAUAUUGAUUGUUAGACUGCCAAUUCUGUUAUCUGAAAUUACUUUUUAUUUUAUUCAAAUGUGAGUGGAAGAUAAAGUUCUUUUUCCCUUGAAA